AGCCACGUGUGACCAAAUGCACCUGAAGCUCUUUGCAAGCCAAGGAGACUUGGAGGGGCUGCCUUCUCAAGAUCGAAGGCUCUACUUCCGGAGCUGAGCCUCAGGACCCACCUCCCAACAUGGCCACCCUAACCAGCAGUUCCACUUUGGACCCGGCCGACUCCGGCCUUUCCACCUCCCUCGCUUUGCCUCUUUUGGACGACAAACCCAAAGCGAAAAACCUCUUCCAGUUUGGCUCCCUCUUCCACGGCCGGAGCGAACGCUUCGUCAUUGCCCGGAGCGACAGCGUGCCGGAAGAGAACGUCCUAAAAAUCACCAUCACGGAGACUACGGUUAUUGAGUCGGACCUGGGCAUCUGGAGUUCUUACGCCCUCACCUACCUCACGCUGUGGUUCUUCUUCAGCUUUUGCACCCUUUUUCUGAAUAAGUACAUCUUGUCGCUGCUGGAAGGGGAACCGAGUAUGUUAGGCGCCGUUCAGAUGCUCUCCACCACCUUCAUUGGCUGCGUCAAAAUGUUUGUGCCCUGUUGUCUUUACCAGCACAAAAGCCGUCUCUCCUAUCCUUCCAAUUUCAUCAUGAUUAUGCUUUUCGUUGGCUUGAUGCGAUUUGCGACUGUGGUUUUGGGGCUCGUCAGCUUGAAGAACGUGGCUGUUUCUUUUGCCGAGACAGUGAAAAGCUCAGCACCCAUUUUUACCGUUAUUAUGUCCCGCAUGAUUUUAGGAGAAUACACCGGGCUGUUUGUGAACCUGUCUCUGGUCCCCGUGAUGGGCGGGCUGGCCUUGUGUACUGCAACCGAGCUGAGUUUCAACAUCCUCGGCUUCUCGGCAGCUUUGUCGACAAAUAUUAUGGACUGCUUGCAGAAUGUUUUCUCCAAAAAGCUGCUGAGUGGGGACAAAUACCGUUUCUCUGCUCCCGAGCUUCAGUUCUACACUAGCGCAGCUGCUGUGAUCAUGCUUAUCCCUGCCUGGGUCUUUUUCAUGGAUAUGCCGGUGAUUGGGAAAAGCGGGCGGAGUUUCCAGUACAACCAGGACAUCGUGGUGCUGCUUCUGAUGGAUGGAGUGCUGUUCCACCUCCAAAGUGUCACCGCUUAUGCCUUGAUGGGGAAGAUUUCCCCCGUAACUUUCAGUGUUGCCAGCACGGUGAAGCACGCCUUGUCCAUUUGGCUCAGCAUCAUUGUCUUUGGGAACAAGAUCACCAGCCUUUCGGCCAUCGGGACAGUCCUGGUGAUCAUCGGGGUCCUGCUGUACAACAGGGCCAAGCAGCACCAGCAGGAAAUCCUCCAGAACCUGGUGGGAGCAGCCCCAGCCCCCCAACUCUCUCCAACAAUCAAUGACGACGCUGAGCCUCUCCUCUCCAAAGACCCCCAUCCGUUCGAAUGAGACCUCCGCCUGCACCUCGGCCUUAACUUUGCUACGUGGAAGUUUAGACGAACGAUGUUUUCCUUUCGAAGCCCCCGGUACCCUCCCCCUGAAGGCCCAUCCUGCACGCCAGGCAGGGCGUGCUGUGACCAGAAAAACGGGCGCAAAGACCAGGUGAGAAUCACAAGCAUCGGAUGGAAGAGCUCUUCCCAAGACUUUACUCUCUGCCACCCAUCAUAUUCAAAGUCACUUUUGGUCCGUCCUCCACCGGACCGACGUGAAAUCCAGCCAGGUUUGCCCUCCGCCCAAGGUUACAAAACCCAGAGACUUCUUUGCCUGCGCACAGGAAGGGAA